AGGAAUCUGGUCAAAGAUCAGAAAACCAUGAUGCUCAAAUCAUUACAUCUCCUCUGCCAUGGUGGAUCCAUUAUGUACUCAAGAAUGAACUCUUCCUCAAGUUUCUUCUUUGGCUAGUCCUAUUUGGACUUUUUGUGGAACUGGAGUUUGGUUUGCCAUAUUUUGUCCUGUCUAUGUUUUAUUGGAUCUAUGUAGGAACUCGUGGUCCUAGGGAAAGGCAGCCUGGAGAAAAAAGUGCAUAUUCUGUAUUUAAUCCUGGCUGUGAAGCUAUCCAAGGAACUCUCACAGCAGAACAGUUUGAGAGGGAAUUACAGUAUCGGCCUUUACUUGAGAGAUAAAUAGGACUAAAAUUUAUUAUUGUAUGCCUAACCUGCUGAUGAAUUAUAGAGAAUAAUUUUUCUGUUCAAUUUCUUGUGAUAUUCUGCAACAUUUUUUUAUUUUUAAAAAACACUGAAGAUGUGAAUACUGUUUCUAGUGUUAAGAGAAAGGGUAGUUAUUUAAAGACUUAGUCAAACACCCAUUGUUAAGCUUUUUGAACAUCCAGAUAGAUAAAUAAAAUGAAUAAAAGUUUAUCCAAAUAGUUGUUUGAAUGUUUCUAAUGAGAAGCAGGUUUGAAAAUAAUGGGGUACCUAUAACUCUUAGGAUAUUGGAGAAUCCAAAAAUUGCAAAAAUGUUGCCUGCUCCAUUUUUUCAUAAAGCAGUUUAGGAAUAUUCAGCACACUUUCUUUGACUUUGAAGAUUAGUUCACAAAUUAUGAAACCCCAUGAUUUCAGUAGGUUUGCUUCACAUUUAUAUUAGUGUUUUGCCAUCUCAUUAUAGUAUUUUUUGAAAUAAGAAGAAACCAGAAAUAUUUACAUAUUGAUCUUUACAAAGGAAACUAGUUUCUGAUUUAAUCUGAAUGUUGCCUGUACUUGACAACAAUGGAGUUUUUCUGCAAUAGGAUAGCAGCCCAAUAUAGAAAUUCUUCAUUUGUACUAGUCUCGUCGAUAGAUUAUAGACUUUUGCAUAUCGUCUACAAUUUUCAUACAGCCUAGAUUAAUCUGGUAAGAUUUGUAAAAUUCAGCAAGUUUAACCAAGACCAAGUGUGUAAUUCUGACAUUUAAUGUUAUUUUAAUUAGUAGCUUAUACAUGACCAUUUUUUUUCUCCAAGGUUAUUGAGUUUCCCAAUUCCCCCUCUUUUUGUAAGUGGUAUGAGCAUCCUUUUCACACAUAAACAGUCUAAGCCUUAAAUAUAUCAAAUGAAUGUGGAUCAGUCCUGUACCUAUGACCAUUUGUUCAGUGAUGGAAGUUAUGACAGUGCUGAAUGAAUUGGUCCUCAGAGUUCCAGCCAUCCCAGCAACCUCACAUUCAUCGUGAUCGGAAACAACUGGUUGCCCAGUGCUCUGUGAACUUGUGAUUGCCAUUUGCAAAUUUCCCUACUGGCUUCUCUAUUAUCUUCCUUGUUCCCUCCAUCUCCUAGCUUACCUGCUUGCUGGCCUGGGACUUAAAUGUUCUUGCUGGCUUCCCCACCGAUUUUGAGAAGCUGGCAGAAAAUUACCUCACAUAACGACCAUGGGAUUCAGUUAAUGGGAGCAACUUGGAGUGCAGGGUUUACAUUACUAAGCAACAUGGGCGCUCUUUAUGAUUACAUUGCUUAGUGAUAUAAUUUCCCAAUUACCAUUGCCAAGGACUAUGAAUAAUUUAGAUUUGUUUGUGCCUUUGUCAUGAUUCUGGGUGACUAUAUGGAUAAGGCUAUUCAGUUUUCUUGGCAAGAUUUCAUAAGUGGUUUGCUAUUUCCUCCUUCCUAGGCUGAGAAAAAGUGAGUGGCCCAAGUCUCUCAGCUGUAUUUUUUAACCUGGCAGGAUUUGAACUCAUGGUCUCCAGGUUUUUAGUCUCAAGCCCAUAACUACUAUAACCACUCUUAGAGAAAUACUUAGUAGUAAAAUGCAACCUCACUUUUCUUUGCAGACUUGUAAAUAUAAAACUUGAAAAACAGAUGAGCAAUUAAAAAUCCUAAUUAGGCUAGAAUUCUUUUCCCACAAUGACCAAUCAUGUUUUAAAGAAAAAUAUAGCACCUAUCUUAUAUUUCUCCUACAACUUGUACUCAGGGCCUUUAAACUGCUAUCUGCUAUGAGGUUCAAGAUUAUACAAUGGUAAUACUUUAAAAAAUCUGCACUGGUUACUAGUUGUUUAUUAGUAACUAGUGUUAAGAUUGUCCAAUAAAAUCCUAAACAGCUUAAAGUUCGAAGAGAGAUGCCUUCUGCAUCCCCCUCCCCGCCCUGAAUAUGCAGUGUUUGAGGUUGUGUUUGUCACUUUUCUCACAUUUUUGGAUAGUCUAUAUAGACAUAUACUGUACAUAUUGUCUAAACACCUGAGAAUAGGGAUCAAGCACAAGCAUACUUUGCCAGGCUUUUAAUUGCUGGUUUAGUAUUCUGUGUUGAUUUAUACUUUUAAAU